UGAAAUCAAUUAAUUCGAGAAAUGCAUCUGUGAAAAUAUCUCUUCGAUUUUUUUCCUCCUUUAUCAACAACGGCAUGUCUCUUUGCAGCAAUUACACUUACAGUCAUGUACACUACAAUGUAAUCGGUGUCGAGGUGAGUUAACGCUUUUCAUCGCGGAAUCAAAGUUACGCGAGUUCGCCGCGAGCUCGAGAUCUUCGAGUCCGGAUGCUCCGGGAAUUUUCUGCACGAGUGCACGAUCGCGUGUUAUCUUUGCGAUAUCCAUUAUUCGCAACGAGGGAGUCGAGUCUCGCGCCGGAAGCGAUUCACCGAACGGCACAUCGAACUUUUUUCUUCGGAAUCCGAAAGGAGACGCGCAACGAGCGACGAUUUAAGUCAUCCGGCCGCGCUCCGAUCAGGUGCACGAUGAUCACGCGGACGAAGCUCUGGUGGAAGAUCCUACAUUCCGGCGAUAAGAAUGGUAUCCUCGCGGGUUUGGCCGCGCACUCCGGUCAAAUCUCCGUGGGUCUCUCUCAGGGCUACAGCGCGAUCCUGAUACCGAAGCUCAUCGAGACGAACUUUGCGGACCAGUCGCAGGCCUCGUGGAUCGCCUCCCUCGGCGUCGUCUCGAAUCCCCUCGGUGCCCUCGUCGCCGGGAUCUGCGCCGAAUGCUUCGGCCGCAGGUCCGCGAUCGUUCUGGCCACGCUGCCGCACGCCGUCGGCUGGCUGCUGAUCGCGUUAUCGAGGAACGUGCCGAUGAUGUACGCCGGUAGAUUCGUCAGCGGCAUCGGCACCGGCAUGGCCAACGGGCUCUAUCUCUACGUCAGCGAGGCGGCAGCGCCGGAUCAAAGAGCCUGGCUCGCAAGCUGUGGACCAAUUCUGGUCUCUCUGGGCGUCUUAAUUGUGUACACUCUAGGUGCCAUCACGACGUGGCAAAGGGCGGCCGCUAUCAGCAUCGGGCCCGCGAUUCUGUCGCUCGCGUUGACACGAAUGCUACCGGAAACUCCCGCCUGGCUGGCCUCGAGAGGUCGGACGGACGAGGCCAAGGAGGCUCUUCUGUGGCUGCGAGGUCCCGGGCUGAACGUCGACAAAGAGUACCAGGAACUCUGCGAGACGAACGCGAGGCGGAAGGAGAAGGAGGAGGGCCUGCUGCGGGCGUUGCACAAGCCCAACGUGUGGAAACCGUUUCUGAUACUCCUCGCCUUCUUCGCGCUCCAGCAGCUGUCCGGCAUCUACGUGAUCCUGUUUUACGCCGUGAGCGUGCUCAGGGACAUCGGCAUAGACGUGAACGAGUACGCGGCCAGCGUCGGCAUGGGCGUCAUCCGGCUGCUCGCGUCGAUCCUCGGCGCCGGGCUGGCCAACAGCUUCGGCAGGAAGAUCCUGGCCUUCGUCAGCGGUUUCGGAAUGGCCGUCGCCGCCGUGGCGGUCGCCCUUUCCUUCAGAUUCGAGCUCCCGUCGUGGGUGCCGCUACUCUGCAUCGGGACCCACGUGGGCGCGUCGAUGGUCGGCUUCCUCACGUUACCGUGGGUCAUGACCUCGGAGUUGUACCCGCUGCGAUUCAGGGGCAGCCUGGGCGGUCUCACGACCAGCAUCGCGCAGAUACUGACGUUCACCGCGGUCAAAACGUAUCCGGAUCUGAGCUGCAUCGUCGGUCUCGAGUUCACGAUGUGGAUAUUCGGCGGGGCUGGCGUGCUGGGCGCGAUUUUCGCCCUGACGACACUGCCGGAGACCCGGGGACGCAGCCUCGACGAUAUCGAGAUGAAGUUCUCCAGCGGGUCGAGUGACGACAGUUCGGCGUACGCCAGUAAGAUCUUCUCCAACGUGUGGUCCCAACCAAAGAACAUCACCCUCCAACGAUUCACGUCGAUCUCGGAAGAGAAGCAAUCGAAUAUCGCGGCGAACGCCGCGUAUGUCUACGACAACUUCUGCCUGGAAUUGUCUCCGGAGAAACUGGAGAAGGACAUUAAAGUCCCCGAGAAAGAAUCGACUCGGGAUCAACGAAUCGUAAUCGGUCUCGCGCUCGAACACGUGCGCGUUUGAUGUGAAAAAUCCGGAAGAAUUUUUGCUAGAAAUAAUUCCUACGCGAAAUUAUAACCUUUUAUAAGUAUAUUAAUAAUUAUGUCUAGGAUAGUAUAAUUAUUUAUUUAUUUUAUAUAAUUGAUUAGUAAUCGUAAUUAUAUGUAUAGAUCCUUUGCAUGUUGAUACUAUUUCGUCGGAUAUGAUUCCAUCUAAUCAAACUAUGUGGAGAAUAAAUGAUAUUCAUUCAACUGAAAUUCAAAUGAAUUUCAAAUCUUUGCAUCUUGCAAUUCCUGGAGAAAAUCUGUAUUGGAGAGAUGUGCCCUAUAUUAAACGAUUUGUGGACUAUUCUAUUAAACGGGGAAAAGGAAGAGUUUUUGAAUAUUUGUGGAUAAAGGGACGACGAGUGUUCAACGGUAAAUCAUUUCGGGAGCAAAGUCUUUCAAUACAAUACCGAAUGUGUGAAAAUAAAACGCAAUGAUGUAUAUUGAUUACAAAUGUUCGUGAUACAGAUACACAUGAUAUCGGUGGAACCCCUUAAAAUAUAAUAUCCAUGUAACACACGAUAUUACAUUCUCUGCGAAAUCGUAUGCGAGAGGGAAGGGGUAUAGAAAAAAUAAUUUUCUCGAUUAUUGUAUGUACAUGUUACAGUUACAGUGAUGUGUAGUUCUGCAUUAUUAUCCGAGAUAAUAACGCACACAAUGUGUCCGGUUCUUCCCGCAAUCCUGUUUUUAUAAAACAGUCGCAAGUACAAAAUCAUGUACAAAUCGGAGAUCGCGAUUUCCCAGAAUCAACAAUUUCAUCAAUUGUUUCGCGCAAGCGGUUGAAUUCGGGUUAAUAUGUACAGUAAAACUACGAUGUCCUCUCGUCGAUGAAUUACGCGAUAUUUUUUUCUAUAUAAUAUCGAUCACAUUUAGCGUUUAAGAUCGUCAAUACACCGUCGCUUAAGAAAAAUCGCGCUUACAAUCUAUUAAAUGCAAAAAUUGUGGGGAAGUUUUUAAGUACAAAAAUAAUGAGAGAGACAAUUGCCGCGAUGAAUAUCUUGAUCGGCGCACUACACACGAUCUAUUCCCUUGAAAAUUAUAGCGUUCAACAAUAUAAUUUAAACGAUUUUAUUUAUUUCACUCCGUAUUAAAAUUAAACGAAAAUCUCAAAUUGGCAUCUCAAUACCGUGAUUUCCAGGAAAAUGCAGUCACGAUCCGCGUGAAUCGCUACGGCGAUCCAAGUGUUAACGGAGAGCAUGGAAAGCAUGUGUGAAACAUUUAAAAAUAAAAUGUUCCGACUCAAUUCCUCCCGCGAUCGGCCGUUACAUAUCUUACAUUUACAACUCUCUACUUUCUCAUUCAACGUACAAUUACAGUCAGGCAGUUUUUAGGCUUUACUACAAAUCUUUAAGAAAAUAUCUAGAUACUCGAUUCUCUUCCUCC